UCAUGGGUCGUAUGUAAGCUAAGGGAAAGGGAAAGGGUAUUUCUGGCUCAGCCCUUCCAUAUAAGAGAAAAGCACCAAAAUGGUUGACAUUAUCCUCAAAAUCCAUCCUUGAUCAAAUUGUUAAUUUAGCAAAGAAAGGUUUUAAUUAAUUCUUAAUAUUUCGUUCAGGUCUUAAUGCUUCAUAAAUUGGUGUUUAUUUAAGAGAUCAAUAAGGUAUUCCUUAAACCAGAUUUUUAACUGGAUAAAAGAUUUUGAGAAUCCUUAAAAAGAGAGGUAUUUUUUAUUCAAUAUUAUUAGGAUGUGCUCCUAAAAUUCCUGAAGACUUAUAUGCCUUGAUUAAGAAGGCUGUUUAAAUCAGAAAGCAUUUAGAAAAGAAUAGAGGUGAUGUGACAAGCAAAUUCAGAUUAAUUUUGGUUGAAAGCAGAAUUCAUAGACUUAGUAGAUAUUACAGAAGAACCUAAAAGUUACCAUCAAACUGGAAAUAGUAAUAAUAAUAUUUAAUAAUUAAGUGUCUCAAAGACUGCAUCUGCCUUAAUUGGUUAAUGAGUU